AUGAAUGUGUCGUCCUCUUCAAGGCCAAAAAGACUCUCAAAAACACCUACGCCUGGCACAGUGGGAGAACGGUUACAGCGACGAAAUGCUCCUCGGCCUCAGUCUCAACCAUCUACUUCUUCAGCUACGAGACCCAUAGCAGAACCUCAGAAGGGCAAGGUGAUCGACCUCACAGCAGAGUCAUCAAGCGAGGACUCUUUAAUCACUGGACCUCAGCUUGAGUUGGUGGAGGCACCUGUUACAACGACUCAAGGAUUGGCUCCCGUGGUCGCUACGUCGAAAGCUCCGGUGGUUCAUCCUUUGACAAAUUCCGCCUCGACAUCUCCCACAGGGGCUCGAGCAACGCCUAAGGAUCCGCCUAUCACACUUCAGCCACAGAUUUCCGGCCCCGUUCCUCAGGCUGCAGCUCCGGACCCGGCGGCUACUGGACAUGCGGAUGUUGACGUUCCCACCUCCCAAUCUACGAGCGAUUCAAACAGAUCUUCUAAUCGGUCCAAGAAACCGAUGAGGUUUUAUGGCGAUCCUCUUCGCCAUUCAGUCAAGAGUGUAACUGAAUCCGACCCUGCAGAGUCUUCGUCACAACGUUUAAUCACAGAACAGACGAUUACUACGCCUUUCACCCCAAUUGUUCGUAAAGGAUCGCAAGUGCCUUUUCCUAGAACUAAAGAGCAAACUACUCGACUAGCAUGA